AAUGAUCCUCGAAGGCCCUUAGAUUUGCAUUCGGGGUUAACCAGUAGCACAUCUUCGCCUUUUGCGCUUCCAUGACCAGUGUAAAAGAUGGAGAAAUUUGAUCUUCACGAUGUCGUCCGAGUGUGCGAGACCUUACCUAAAAGCAGGAGAUUCUCCGCAGUAUCUGGUUCAGAGUUUAUCGAUAUCUGGAAUGACUUGACUGAAUAUCUGGAGUCAAUCUUGAUUAGUCAACGUUCUACCACGUUUCCAGGGUUCGGCUUCUUCCAUGUGAAGAGAUUGAAGAAAAAGACUGGUGAUAUGGAGAGGAUUUUGUGUCCUCUCUUUUUCCCAUCCCGAAUGUGGGGAAAAGUUCCUGGUUAUGAUGUGAAGAGGCACUCGUCUGCUCUUGAAGGUAUACCAGCGCCUGAGCUAUUUAACUUUUCAGGAGCUGCCAGCCGUUGCAAACGUAGUCGAGAAACAGUCGACCUUGCUAUGAAGGACCUUGUUCAUGCCCUGCUCCGCAUAUUGCGAAGAGGAUCUACCGUCAUUCUUCGCUUUAAGGGCAUCGGCAAAUUGCAUUUUCGUCAGGGAACUAUUCGAUUCAUAUUUUCCAUGGACUUCCUUUCCAACCUCAACGGUGCCGUGUCUUCUGAUAAGCUUCUGCUGCCUUUUGACGGAAAACGAGAUGAUCGGAAAGAACCAGCGUCUUGUUCCGACCCUCCGGCGAGCAACGCUAAGCAAAGGACGGACAUGGACGACCAAGAAGAUAAAGCGAGCCUUACAGACCCGCCGCUGAAAUUAAAGAAGCUUUCAGAGAGCCUACAUCAUGGAAACCCUCCUGGCCCCACGCUAACACGUCCUGAUUCCACUGCAUCGCAACGUACAAUAAAGGACGACCAGGGCUACCUUGCGGUGCCUGCUGGAGUAGACACAUGGGUAGGAGGAAAGAAUCCGCAGGUUAUCACAGUAGAGGGAGACAAUCGUCCUUUCAAUUUUUUGAUCCGUUCAGUAGGCACUCACACGCACGCCCAUUCCGGAGAUCGCCUUUGGAACGACGAAAACUGUCCUAUUUGCAGGCAUCGCAGUAUGCCGAUUGUUGAUCUCAGGGAGCAACGGGCAAGAAAAGAGAAAGAGCAAGAUCGUCUUAUGUUGCACCUAUCCCUGGACUUGGACAAAGAAUUUGUUCUUAAAUCGAGGGCCAACAAACAAGCAAAGCUGGAGACCACUAUGUCCACUGCGGAAUAUAACCGAGCGAAGGCGGCGGAAAAGGAGGUGAUUCGUAAAACAGAGCAGCACAAAUUACCGGUAGGAAACCUUUUUGAAGAUCGAGAGCUUGGACCCGAUGUGCUGGUGCACGGAAGGCUUAUUGCAGCCGGUCUACAAGAACAGAUCGCUGCAAACCAACUCAAAAAGGAGCAUGAAAGAGUGCAGAGGGACUACGAGAAUAAAGUUCUGAAUCAGCGGUUAUCGAAAGAAUUGUCCACGGCUGAGAUUGAGUCCCACAUUGAGAAAUUGAAGCGACGCCAGCAACAACAAGAUAUUCUCGCAGAACAAAUCAGAAGUCGCCAGCAGCUUCAACAGCAUUCUCCUGAGCCUGCGCUACCAAAUCCGUUUGCUCGAAGUGAGAAUUUAAUGUACCUGUAUCAGAAGGAGAAAGCGAAGCAGCUGUAUCAGGAGCAAUUGGCAAUUAUUAAACAGAGGAGAGAGUACGAAGCACGAGUUGCGGACAUGGAGCGUCAGCACUCGCUAGACAGGUUGACGAUGUCACGUCAUGAGUUGGAAAAAGAUCUUCGUAAUAUGAAAAAGGCAAAUUACGAGCAGCGAAAGUCACUGGAAGCGUAUUGGACAGAACAGCUUAGAUUCAAGAACAGAUUACAAUCCAAAGUGUAGACGUAGACCUAGGAGUAUUGUUAGUCGACUGAUGAUUGGACCGGGAUUCGCCGAGCAACCUGUGAAUAAGCUAG